GGAAAAGAUUUCCUAACUUAGUGACCGAGUGAGAGCGCGCAGACACGCAGAGGCUCGUCUUUAAACGCGGUUUUAGCUUGUAUCUGUUUGUUUGUUGAGUUUUAAGAUCAGUUCAGGUGAGGGAAGUUUGUGUCUGAGAACUUAAAGAAGGAGAAGUGGAGGCUGAGGCGGGAAAUGGGUAAAAAAGAGGAGAAUGAGCCGGACUCUGAGUAUGGAGAACCUGCUGAGUUUGAUCCACAAUUCAAUGGACCCAUAAAGAAAAGAGGGUGCACUGAUAUAAUCUGCUGUAUCCUGUUUAUGGCGGUCAUCGUUGGCUAUGCAGCAGUUGGGAUUUUAGCUUGGCUCUAUGGAGAUCCCAGACAUGUUCUUUAUCCAAGAAACUCAACUGGAUGGUUCUGUGGCACUGGACCAAAUAAAGACCGACCCAACUUGUUUUACUUUGACUUCCUUAAAUGUGCCACAUCUGUUAAUGUCAUGGCAACGGCUCUUAAUGGCUUUCAGUGUCCAACCACACAGGUGUGUGUGGAAAGCUGUCCCAAUGAUUUCAGUGCCGUGUUAUUUACUUCAUAUUCAAAAAGGCCAGCAGACGUUUUCAAUCAGAGCCUCUGUGUGCCUUCCAUAGACCUGAAAACUACUAAGCUGACGGUUCAACAAAUUAUUGACCAGGAGCUGUGUCCUUUCUUCCACAUUCCAACAACCUCUGUUCUUGGGAGAUGUCUGCCCAAUAUUGCAGAUCUGGGGAAGAUCCCAGGCUACUUUGCCGAAGUUCCAGGCCUACCCUCCUCAAUCAACGACACAGCCAGCAUAAUCAAGAAUGGCACUGGUGAUGUUGUGAAUGGCUUCAAUGCCAGAGAGAUUGGAGUCCGAAUCUUUGAGGAUUUUGCGUCGUCAUGGCCAUGGAUCCUCGUUGGUCUGCUAAUAGCCAUGGUGGUCAGUAUGCUGUUCCUGUUGCUGCUGAGAUUCACGGCUCCAGUCAUGGUGUGGGUGCUCAUCAUCGGGCUCCUAGGCGCUGGGGCAUACGGGAUUUGGCACUGCUACUGGGAGUACGAAAACCACAGGCAAAACUCGGCCACCAUAUCUGAAAUUGGUUUCACCACCAACUUCCAGGUUUACCUGCAAGUCCAAGAGACCUGGCUGGCCUUCUUAAUAAUCGUAUCUGUGGCCGAGGCGAUCAUUCUCCUGACUGUCAUCUUCCUGCGGACCAGAAUCCUCAUAGCCAUCGCCCUCAUCCAGGAGUCCAGCAAGGCAAUCAGUCACAUGAUGUCCGCUCUGCUGUACCCUCUGGUCACCUUUGCCCUCCUGUUGGUGUGUGUUGCUUACUGGGGUGCCACUGCUUUAUAUUUGGCCACUUCAGGAAAUCCGAUCUACAGAGUCGUGGCUCUCAACUCCAGUACGAGCAGGUGUCAGAGUAUCAACGGCACUGAGAAUUGUAACCCUCAGAACUUCACCUCAUCAGCUUACCCUGACUGCCCAUCAGCCAGCUGCAUCUUCAUCAAAUACAACGACGAAGGUCUCUUCCAGCGGAACAUCUUCAAUCUGCAGAUCUACAACGCCGUGGCUUUUCUCUGGUGUGUCAACUUCGUCAUCGCCUUGGGCCAGUGUACGCUGGCGGGGGCCUUCGCCUCUUACUACUGGGCCUUCUCCAAACCAGGAGACAUUCCCAUGUUCCCACUGUCUGCGAGCUUCAUACGCACACUCAGGUACCAUGUGGGCUCCCUGGCUUUUGGUUCUUUGAUCCUGACCCUGGUGCAGGUGGUGAGGAUCAUUCUGGAGUACAUCGACCACAAAACAAGAUCGGCUCAGAAUCCAUGUGCUCGCUUUCUGAUGUGUUGCCUGAAGUGCUGCUUCUGGUGUUUGGAGAAGUUCAUCAAGUUCCUUAACAGGAACGCUUACAUCAUGAUUGCUAUUUAUGGGAAAAACUUCUGUGUGUCAGCCAAAAAUGCUUUCAAGCUGCUCAUGAGAAACAUAGUGAGAGUCGUGGUGCUCGAUAAAGUGACAGACCUGCUGCUGUUCUUCGGAAAGCUGCUGGUGGUCGGAGGAGUAGGCGUGCUGUCCUUCUUCUUCUUCUCUGGUCGGAUAUUGCUACCAGGCAGCACCUUCCGCUCUGAAACCCUCAACUACUACUGGAUGCCAAUUAUUACGGUGAUCUUUGGUAGUUACCUCAUAGCUCAUGGCUUCUUCAGUGUGUACAACAUGUGUGUCGACACCCUCUUCCUCUGUUUCCUGGAGGACCUGGAGCGCCACGAUGGAUCUCUACAGAAGCCGUACUAUAUGUCCAAAAACCUCAUGAAGAUCCUCAACAAAUCCAACAAAACAGCAAAAACAGAUCGAAAGAAAAAAUGAAGAACAUUUUACCUCUUGAGUUCAUGAAACCAAACAAACAGAAGCACACUGCUUCAGGAUAUAAUUGUUUCUUCUCCUUUCAACACUCCAUCUUCUUCCGAAUACGUUUACUUAAAACUAAUUUGCUGAUUUUGCACUUUUUAUUGUGUUUUGUAUGUGAAUACGUGUGGGGCAGGUGAUGUGAAUUUUUAAGCUGCAUCUUAUGUGACAUAUUUCUUAAUUUGUGAAGGUGCAAUAUGUAAGACUUUAUGUUAAAAACAUAAAUAUUAACUUAAAUUAUCACCAGAACGUCGUUCCUCUGCCCCCAACUUGUUUUAAGUAUGAAGUUCUAACAGAAAUUAAACGAUGUACUUUUAUUUUGAAGAAAGUUUUGAUUCAGCUCUUGAUGAAUGACUCAGUUCCACAAUAAUUAUUUUAAUAUAUAAUAUUUUGUUUCUGUCAACAUUUGGAAGUUUUAGGCCAAUUCAACAUCCGUCACUUCCUCCUGUUAAAUGGAUUUAAAUGCAGGUAAAGAUUUAGUUUUUUUCUAUUAUUGUUGAGAAUGUUUUAUAUUUUAUUAUCAUAUAAUUUCAUCAAAUGGAAUGAAAAAUGUGCAACGACCAGGACAAAAAAAUGUUCUGUAACAUCAUAUAUUUUUAAGAUAUUAUUUGUAAAAAACAAAAGGGUUGUUUUACAAGUACAAACAUUUUUAUGAUAAUGAUUAUAAUAAAAAUAUUGCAAUAAAGUUGUAAAUAUGACUGUACAGGAUCCAGC